AGCGAGCGGCAGUGCGAGCAUCGCCAAGUGACGGGAUAUACAAACGCUUGGACGUGAGCGGGAUCAAACCUGGACAACGGGAUAACGGAGUGAAGAAGAUCUGCAAAAGGAGGAGGAAUGGAAUGACAAAACAAAAGCAAAAGCAAAAGCACCGUGUUGCUUUUGGGGCUUCCCACCGUCUCACCACUUCUGUCUGGAGCGUCCCACAGUGAAAACACAUAUAUGUGAUAUAUAUAUACAACUCCUAUACAUAUAUAUCAAAUUAUGCCUGUUUUCAAAGAAGCUGCGGCCGGCCAGGGAGAAAAUUGAGUUUAAUUAUUGGAAUAUUCAAUAUUCUGCAUAUUGCAUCAUUUCUUUUGUUCAGGUAGAAGAAGAGGGGGAAAAAAAAAAGCAUGAUGUGAAACGGACGCAGCCCCCCCUCAUAAAAAGAGGCUUCUUUGAAAACAGGACAUGUUGUGAUGGCAGCAGUGCCGCCGCAUCUCCCGCUGGCCUCGUCAACAACAACAACAACAAAGCUUUCUGAUUCUGACCCAAACUUCAGCCAAAGUGCAAGAGAGAGCGACUCUCUCUUGUCCUCACGCUGACAUUUUGCACAAAAAAAAAAGAAAAGAGCCACACGGGUGAGGUACGUUUUUUUUUUAUUUUCUAAAUGAAUAGUUCAUGAGUCGGUAAUUCCAUCCGGCAUCACAACAUCUCCUCCCCCAAGUACAGAUAAUAGGAGUUCUGUGGUAAUGAGCAGGGGUCAAAGCUGCGAAAAGCCACUUGUCUGAAAGAAAAGGGAAAUAGAUGCUUCCGGAGAGUCGUCGUCGUCGUCUUGGUAGGAUUACAGCCCGUGGUUUUCUUUUGAAGGACGAGCCCUGUUCACCUGUAGGUCUGCAAAGGAAACUACUGUGAGGAGAUGCCCACCACCAAGAUAAAAGAGGGCGCCCUGGUGCAGUGAUAUUGUGGUGUGAGCAGCAUGUCCCAGGACUGAGGAGCCCUCCCAAGAUGGGCGCUCGCCACUCUGUGAAUUGCCGAAGAGUCUCCCUGCUUCUUUGGCGUGUCGUGUGACUUCCACGUACUCGCCGGCCGGACUCUUGGUUUAUUCGCCCCCGACUGGAUACGCACAACGCCAGGAUUGGGAUUUGUUUACAACCGCCGGAUUCCCCCCCUGAGGCUUUGUGAAAGGAGCAUUAAUGUUGGGUGUGUCUGUAACGAUUACACAUCGCUGAGGCAUCCCGAGACCAAGCAUCCAAGAUGUCUUCCCACAUGUUGGUCAGCUUCUCAGUGGCCCUUUUUCUGGCUUUGACCCGGCUGGGCGGACUAAACCAUCAAGUUCUGGCCCAAGCUCCUCCAAACAACCAGACGACUGAGCGAUCGCUGUUACCAGAGGCUGCCCUGCCAACACCAACUCCCAACAAAGAGGACCAAACAGUCCCAGGCGGGGCCAACCGGUGCUGGGGUUACUACGACGUCAUGGGCCAGUGGGACCCGCCCUUCAACUGCAACGCCGGGAUCUAUAGCUUCUGCUGCGGUUCUUGCUUCUACCGCUUCUGCUGCCAAGCCAAAAUCCACAGUUUGGAUCAGACUUCCUGUUCCAACUACGACACGCCUGUCUGGGCAAACACAGGGCGACCGGCGGACCCUGUCACGGAGGUUCAACAGGAGCCGGACCGCGACCAAACCCAUAUGAUCGUGUAUAUUAUCUGUGGCGUGGUGGCCAUCAUGGUGCUCAUUGGGAUUUUCACCAAGCUGGGGCUGGAGAAGAGCCAAGGAGGACAGACGGACAUGACCAAUUCCAGGACUCUGACAGAGUUGCUGAAGCAGCCAGGCGAGGCCGGGAUUAUGGACGGAACUGGACUCCACCACCCUGUAGGGACCAACGGGAUCUCGGCCCGGGCGUUACGCUCCAACAACGAUCACAACCAUUUGAAUAAUGCAGCCUUGUCUCCCCUGGGACCUGCCAUGGCCUUGUCUCACCCUCACAACAACCUCGGCAUCGGUUUUAACAAGUAUUCUUCACUCAAGGGAGUGGACACAACUCCCAGAGAUUACUACAAGAGCUACCCCAUGGUGGACUACACCCACCGCCAGUCUCCGCCUACUUUCCAGCCAAUCAACUUCCACCCGAAGGAAAAGUCCUUCCUCCCCCCGCCCGACAUCCACGCACCGCUGGCCAUCACCAUCAACGCUUCCCAGAUCCCCAAGCCCAAGAUCUCGAAAACCAACACCCACCCGCUCACGUCGGGCUCGGCCUUCAAAGUCUGGGACCCCAGUAAGAGCCACGGCCAGCGGCCCGCUGCGUCCCACAUGGGCCAGCAGCACCACCCCAUCCAGCAGCAGCACCACCAGCCCCUGCACCAGCCCAACAGCCGGCGCCAGGCCUACUCCAACAAGAGGCAGUUCAGCAUCGAGACGCUGCCCGAGCUCUUCUCCCAACCGCUGGCCUACAGCCACUCACCACAUGUGCACCCCAAGCACAAGGGACUUCCCACCAACAGCAAGACCGAGGUCACGGUUUGAACAUGACGCGCCCAGAGAGAAAAGAAAUGCUCUUUUAUAUCCGCCGGCGUUAACUGCAGGAGAGGCAAGCAGAUAUCGUGUUUUUGAACGGCCUUUUCCUUAUCAUUGUUGAUAACAACAACAUGGCUACUUUGUACAGCCGUUGGAACAAAACAGCCAGAGCAGACAAGCUGAGGUGUGGGCUAAAUCUUUGGUUCUCGGUGUGUCGGCACACUUCUCAACUCCGCUCCCACCCGAGUCAUUCAGCAUGGCUCUAUAUCAAGAAACCCCACAAGAGAUGACUUUCCAGAGAGGGAGAACCGUGGCUUCUAACCACCAGAGACCAUGCCAUGGUUUUAUUGGUUCCCUCUGGGAAGUGUUAGACAACAGCCUGGAAAGUCACACCAGAGGUUCUGUAUCAAGAAACCCCACAAGAGAUCACUUUCCAGAGAGGGAGAACCCUGGCUUCUAACCACCAGAGACCAUGCCAUGGUUUUAUUGGUUCCCUCUGGGAAGUGUUAGAGAACAGCCUGGAAAGUCACACCAGAGGCUCUAUAUCAAGAAACCCCACAAGAGAUCACUUUCCAGAGAGGCUGCUAGGGCAGGGAGAACCGUGGCAACAGAGACCAUGCCAUGGUCUCAUUGGUUCCCUCUGGAAGGGGGAUGUUAGAGGAUAGUCUGGAAAGUCACACCAGAGAGCAGGAUGGGGGUUCUUUGCAUGAAAUAAGAGGAAUGUGAACUGUACACACUCAGUGAGAGAGACAACACACACUCAGUCACCGAGGAUUCCUGGCAGCCUCACAAACAAACAUGGAAUAUUGUUCUCUCAUCAAACUGCCUCAAUAAAAAAGGGAUGAUUUUUCGUAGAAAACCUCAACUCCAGUCAACCCUCCCUCGUGUUCCGAAGGCUGAACACAUUUGUGACGUACAGAAACCAAGGAGAAGUAUUCCAGUACGAAGGCAAAGAGUUGAAAAGAGUUGUGUAUUCACGGCAUGGCAAAGGGGAAACUUGUUUACUGUAUUUUCCGGGUUACAGAGCACAGAAGUCAUCGAGCCGCACCCAGCAAAUGUUGAAAAACGAUUAUUUUACAUAUAUUAGCCGCACCCAAAUGUUUGGUAAAUGUUUAUUUGUGAUGUGCCCUGUCACACAGAAGUAAAACGUCCGAUCAAACAAAACUGAAGCCAUGGUCACGGACCCACUAGCUGGGGGAUGGCUCUCCAAUUAGCUAAACAACCAUUCAGCAUGGCUCUAUAUCAAGAAACCCCACAAGAGAUCACUUUCCAGAGAGGCUGCUAGGGCUGGGAGAACCGUGGCUUCUAACCACCAGAGACCAUGUCAUGGUCUUAGUGGUUCCCUCUGGAGGGGUUAGAGAACAGCCUGGAAAGUCACACCCAAGAGCAGGAUGGGGGUUCUUUGCAUGAAAUAAGAGGAAUGUGAACUGUACACAUUCAGUGAGAGAGAGAACACACACUUAGUCACCGAGGAUUCCUGGCAGCCUCACAAACAAACAUGGAAUAUUGUUCUCUCAUCAAACUGCCUCAAUAAAAAAGGGACGAUUUCUCGUAGAAAACCUCAACUCCAGUCAACCCUCCCUCGUGUUCCGAAGGCUGAACACAUUUGUGACGUACAGAAACCAAUGAGAAGUAUUCCAGUACGAAGGCAAAGAGUUGAAAAGAGUUGUGUAUUCACGGCAUGGCGAAGG